AUGGACACCCUCCCAGAAUCCUUCAUUCUUUCUUUUGAUAGUCCCCUCGGGGAAGUCCCCCUAACAUCGUCAGUCCCAAACACACCAACUGAUCGUGUCUCCUUCACCCGAAGGGAAUUACGUCGUAACCUCACCCGCCUCGAGCUUCAUCGUUGGGCACUGUCGAACCUUGUCAAAGGCUGGUACUUGGAUGAUUCGGGAUUCUAUCGUCGGAACCGAGCAACGGGAAUACCAGACAAGUCCGUUAAGCUGGGGGAGGCCGAUCUUCUUGCAGAUUGGAACCUUCAUUUGGUGAUCGCUCAUGGUGGUUGGCACGGAUUUGAACGGGAUCUGCGAACACGGAUCGAAGAACUUCUGAGGUCGAAGAGGUCGGUCGACGAGCAGUUUUCCGAAGGGGUCAAGCUCAGAGGGAGCUACAAUCUCCCCACUCGUGUGCCCUCGAUGAUUAACGACUCAGGGAUAAUCACCGAAUGUGAUUUUCCUUUCAUGUUGGACGACUACAGCGACGAGGAGGUGCGGGUGAUGCGGUUCAUCGAGGAGCAUGCGAAGAAAGUCUACUUGGAGGGUGGAGGAUCAGUCUCGUCUUAG